AUGGGACUCGAGCUGUUUUCCGUCCCCGUCUUCGUCGUCGUCUUCCGCGAGACGCUCGAGACGGCCAUCAUCGUCUCCGUGCUGCUGGCCUUUCUCAAGCAGACGCUCGAUGGCUCGCAGCGCGAUCCCAAGCUCUACCGGGCGCUGCGCACGCAGGUCUGGUUGGGCACCGCCGUCGGAUUCUCCCUUUGCCUCAUCGGCUCCGGUGUAAUCAUCGGCAUCUUCUACCUGCUCGGCACAGACGCCUGGGCGGAUCAUGAAUACUACUAUGAGGCCGUCUUCUCCAUCAUCUCAUCCGUCAUCAUCACCAUCAUGGGCGGCGCCCUGCUGCGCAUUGGCAACAUGCAGGAAAAGUGGCAGGCCAAGCUGGCCAAGGCCAUCGAGUCGCCCGUCCAAGCCAGCGGAAAGCGGGCCUGGUUCGUCAACAUGUUUGAGAAGUACGCCAUGUUUGUGCUGCCCUUCAUCACCGUCCUCCGUGAGGGUAUCGAGGGCAUCGUCUUCGUCGCCGGCGUGUCCUUUUCAGCACCCGUCUCUGCCGUCCCGCUCCCUGUCGUCUUUGGCUUGUUUUUCGGUGCCCUCGUUGGUUAUGGCCUGUACAAAGGUGGAUCUAUGGCCCGGCUUCAGCCCUUCCUUGUUGCAUCUACCUGCCUCCUGUACAUGGUCGCUGCCGGUCUCUUUUCCCGAGCCAUCUGGCUCAUUGAGCAGCAGCAGUGGAACAAGGUUGUCGGCGGCGAUGCUGCUGAGCUCGGCGACGGCCCUGGUUCCUAUGACAUCGACCGAAGCAUCUGGCACGUUAACUGCUGUAACCCUCAGCUGAACGGUGGAGGUCCCUGGGCCAUCCUUAACGCCGUCGUUGGCUGGAACAACUCAGCUACCUACGGUUCCGUCCUUGCCUACAACAUCUACUGGCUCAUCGUCAUUGCCCAGUUCAGCGCCAUGCGGUUCCGCGAGGAUCACGGCCGCUGGCCUCUCACGAAGGGCAAGGCCUUGGAGGAUGACGAGCAGGACCUCAUCCGGGACGACUAG